AUGCGGGGCGGUCGCGACAACGCCACGCUCUCACAGGACUCAAAUUACUUUUGUACUCUGCACUCGGCACCUUUUCAAGUAGAUUGUGAUCCUGUGGUGUCCAGGGCCUCCAAGCGUAUAUCACAUAUGCGAGAUGCAGCCUUCCAAACGUAUUUAAGCAUUCUGAAAAGCAAUCUUCAGUUAAAAAUUAUGGACGAGGCCCUGCCUGAUGACUGGGCCUCAGGCAUCCUUAUUCCUGUCUACAAGAAGGGAGAUAAAACAAGAUGCACGAACUACCGUGGUAAAAGUCUCAUUGACUUCGUUGCGAAAAUAUUCGUUAGUGUUUUCCUCAGGCGAUUCCAGUCUGUGCGUGACUCUUCUUGGCCUAACCAAGCCUGA